AUGCAUACGACAACAUCAGAUCAAAAUCAAAAAUUAGCUCAUACGAAUAAUCAUCAGAUAAAAAAUGAUCAACAACUUCAUGAUUAUAGCAACCAUCACCAUCAUCACCCACAUUCACAUCACCCUGAACACAUUGUUCAACAACAAGUCGCUAAAAAUGAACCACAACAUGAUUAUUCAGAUAUUAAUUCAUUUCAUGUUGGUCGACGACGUAAACCAAAUUUUACUGAUCAAGAAGUAGUGUUUAUCAUCGACCGAUAUGAUACGUAUAAAGAACUGUUACAUUCCCGAGAAGCAUCUAAAAGUGUCAUCGCACAAAAACAAGCAAUUUGGAAACUAAUCACAGAAAAUUUAAAUCAACAAUAUCCACAAGUUGAACGAAGUGUUGAAGAUGUAAGACGAAAAUGGAAAAAGUUACAGAGUGAAGCUAAACGAGAAGCCACCGCCUAUAAACAAUCAGGACAAACUACAAGUCCAAAUACAGGAAAACAAAUCCAUUUGUAUAACAGAAUAUUACAAAUAUGUCGAGCACCAACAGCACAUUAUCCAUUGCAACAAAUACCAAAUGCAGAAACAUUUGAACAGUCACCUGAUCCCUCGUCGUAUAAUCAACAAACAUCUCCACAAUCUGAUACAGUUAUUCAACAUUCACCAUCAAGUUUAAAUGAACAAAAUCCGGAUGAAAAUGCCAGCGUCGGAGGCGAUAAUAACUAUGAUCAAGAAAAUUCAAAUAAUUCCGCUUAUGUUCAACCUAAUCCACUUCAAGCAACAACAACAACAACAACAACAACAACAACAACAACAACAACAGCUUCAAGUCCUUUAAUUGCAUCUUCCUCCUCAUUGGUUAAUGACCAAAUACAAAAUUCACCACAUGAAAAUUCGAAUCAUUAUAGUCAUCCUCAUCAUCCACAUGGUGGAUCUGUAUCAAAACGUACAAUGGAUAAACGUCGUCGUAUGAUCAAUGCUCAAAUAAACGAGAAACAAGCGCCUGUUACAUCAUUUCCAAGUGUACCAACACAGUCACCGAUAUUGCCAAGUACUAUGUAUCAUCAACAGCAAACACAAUUACGUUUUGAAUCAUUACAAAAACGUAAACGUACAAUUGAUUUAACUAGUCAACGUUUAAUUUAUGAUAAGGAACGUUUAAUUAUUGAACGAAAGAAUAUUGAUAUUAAAUUACAGCAAAACGAGUGUGAACAUGAACGUUGGGACAUUGAAAAAAGGCGAACAGAAUUAGCUCUUCAAAAAUUACAACAAGAAGCAACAACAAAUGGUAAUACAUCUUCACUUUCUUAUCUUCCGUAUCAAAGUGGUAAUGGUGGUAGUGGUGGUCAGCAACCGACAUCCGAUCUUGAUGAAGAUAGUAUGGCUGAUGAUAUGAGUGAUUUUAAUGAGUAA